AUGAGUCCGUUGUCCUUCCGCCACCACGCCGAGACGAACGGGCUGCACCCAGACAGGUCGCUCUGUCCCUACUGCGGCGUGAAGAAGCGCGGCCACGUUUGCCGCUGGGCUUGGCCAAGAAAAAGUACUGCGCGGAGCGCAACUGGAGCGCAGCCACACAGCGGCAGCGGCAGCGGCAGCGGCAGCGGCAGCGGCCGCAUCCAGCUCUCCGAGCUUGUGGCUCCUGUUCCCGAGGUUGCCGAGCCCGCGCCUGCGCCGCGGGUCGAAGUUGGCUGGCUCAGCGAGGGGCCUCAUGUCGGUGAGCGGGUGCUGCGACGCCUGAAGGGACACGGCUACGUGCAUGCGGUGGUGCGCCUCUACCUGCCGGCGGGCGAUGCGGAGGACGAGCCGGCGUUUUGGCACAUCGAACAUGCGGACGGGGACGAAGAGGAUCUGGAGGAGGAGGAGCUGCUCGAGGCGCUGCGGCGCUUCGCCAUCCGUGCGGGCAGGGCCAGGGCGGCGGCGGAGGCGGCGGGUGGACGCGCGUGGGCGGUCGGCGAGGCGGAGGCGGCUGGCGCGGGAGGGCCGGCGCGGGCCGCAGCGGCGGCGGAGGCGGCGGAGGCGGCGGAUGAGGCCGCGGAAGAGGGCGCGGAGGCGAUGGAGGCGGAGGCGGAGGCGGAGCCCGAUGCGGCGGCGGAGGCGGGGUCGGAGGCGGCGGCGGCGGGGCAGCCGAGGCGGCCACCGAAGCGUCGUCGCACCUCGGCUGCGCAGGGCGCGGCGCAGGUAGCGGCGGGCUGCACGGAGCCCGAGGCGGAGGCGGAGGAGGCGGAGGCCGCAGGCUCAACCUCGUUCCCGCCUCCGACCGCACCGCCGACGCCAGGGGGGGCUGCACCCGUCGCCGCAGCCGCGCCGUUCGCGGCGGAGGCGGUCGUGGCGGAGGCGGAGGGGCUGAAGCUGCACCUCUCGAGCAGCGGCAGCACCGGCUACAGAGGAGUGCGCGAGCAGCCCUCUGGCCGAUUCGAGGCGCAGCACUGGGUGGGCGGAAGGCUGGUCUACUUGGGAUCCUUCGCCACGGCGGUGGAGGCGGCGGUGGCGUACGCGCGGGCGGUCGGCGAGUACCAGCCUCCCCCUCCUCCGACAGUGGCGGCAGAGGCGGAGGGGCUGCGGCUGCACCUCUCGAGCAGCACGAGUACCGGCUACAAGGGCGUGUACGAGCAUCACCCUGGCCGCUUCCAGGCGAAGCAAAGUGUGAACGGAAAGAAGGUCUCCAUCGGCACCUUCGCCACGGCGGUGGAGGCGGCGGUGGCGUACGCGCGGGCGGUCGGCGAGUACCAGCCUCCCGCCCAACCUCCUCCGACGGUGGCGGCAGAGGCGGAGGGCUUGCGUUUGCACCUCUCGAGCAGCAACGCCACCGGCUACAAGAACGUGAGCAAAUUGCCCUCUGGCCGCUACCAGGCGCAGCACAGCGUGGGCGGGAGGGAGGACUACUUGGGCACUUUCGCCACGGCGGUGGAGGCGGCGGUGGCGUACGCGCGGGCGGUCGGCGAGGCGGAGGCGGCUGGCGCGGGAGGGCCGGCGCGGGCCGCAGCGGCGGCGGAGGCGGCGGAGGCGGCGGAGGGCUCGGAGGAGGGCGCGGAGGCGAUGGAGGCGGAGGCGGAGCCGGAGCCCGAUGCGGCGGCGGAGGCGGGGUCGGAGGCGGCGGCGGCGGGGCAGCCGAGGCGGCCACCGAAGCGUCGUCGCACCUCGGCUGCGCAGGGCGCGGCGCAGGUAGCGGCGGGCUGCACGGAGCCCAAGGCGGAGGCGGAGGAGGCGGAGGCCGCAGGCUCAACCUCGUCGCCGCCUCCGACCGCACCGCCGACGCCAGGGGGGGCUGCACCCGUCGCCGCAGCCGCGCCGUUCGCGGCGGAGGCGGUCGUGGCGGAGGCGGAGGGGCUGAAGCUGCACCUCUCGAGCAGCGGCAGCACCGGCUACAGAGGAGUGCGCGAGCAGCCCUCUGGCCGAUUCGAGGUGCGGCACAUGGCGAACGGGCGGCAGGUCGCCCUCGGCUGCUUCGCCACGGCGGUGGAGGCGGCGGUGGCGUACGCGCGGGCGGUCGGCGAGUACCAGCCUCCGCCUCCGACAGUGGCGACAGAGGCGGAGGGCUUGCGUUUGCACCUCUCGAGCAGCAGCGCCACCGGGUACAAGGGCGUGUCCAAUCGCUCUGGCCGCUUCCAGGCGAAGCAAAGUGUGGACGGAAAGAAGGUCUCCAUCGGCUCCUUCGACACGGCGGUGGAGGCGGCGGUGGCGUACGCGCGGGCGGUCGGCGAGGCGGAGGCGGCUGGCGCGGGAGGGCCGGCGCGGGCCGCAGCGGCGGCGGAGGCGGCGGAGGCGGCGGAGGGCUCGGAGGAGGGCGCGGAGGCGAUGGAGGCGAUGGAGGCGGAGGCGGAGGCGGAGCCCGAUGCGACGCCAGGGGAGACUGCACCCGCAGCCGCGCCGUUCGCGGCGGAGGCGGUCGUGGCGGAGGCGGAGGGGCUGAAGCUGCACCUCUCGAGCAGCGGCAGCACCGGCUACAGGGGCGUGUACAAGGUCGCGCCCGGCCGUUUCGUCGCGCGGCACAAGGCGGAAGGAAGGUUAGCAUUCAUCGGCUCCUUCGACACGGCGGUGGAGGCGGCGGUGGCGUACGCGCGGGCGCAGGCGGGAAGGGCGGGAGGAUCAGACCGGACGGCGGCGGAGGCUGGGGUGGCGGAGGGCACGGAGGCCGAGGGGGUGGAGGAGGCGGAGGAGGCGGAGGCGGAGGGCUCAGCUGGCGCUACCUCGUCGCCGCCGACACCAGGGGAGGCUGCGCCGUUCGCGGCGGAGGCGGUCGUGGCGGAGGCGGAGGGGCUGCGGCUGCACCUCUCGAGCAGCAGCAGCACCGGCUACAAGGGCGUGUACGAGCACCACUCUGGCCGCUUCGAGGUGCGGGGCGCCCGGCACAUGGCGAACGGGCGGCAGGUCGCCCUCGGCUUUUUCGACACGGCGGUGGAGGCGGCGGUGGCGUACGCGCGGGCGCAGGCGGGAAGGGCGGGAGGAUCAGAGCGGACGACGACGGAGGCUGGGGCGGCGGAGGGCACGGAGGCGGAGGGGGCGGAGGGGUUGGAGGAGGCGGAGGCGGAGGGCUCAGCAGGCGCUACCUCGUCGCCGCCGUCAGAGGCGGAGGGGCUGCGGCUGCACCUCUCGAGCAGCGGCAGGACCGGCUACAGGGGCGUGCACGAGCACUUUGGCCGCUUUCGGGCGAAGCACAGUGUGGACGGAAGGAGGGUCUCCCUCGGCUACUUCGACACGGCGGUGGAGGCGGCGGUGGCGUACGCGCGGGCGCAGGCGGGAAGGGCGGGAGGAUCAGAGCGGACGGCGACGGAGGCUGGGGCGGCGGAGGGCACGGAGGCGGAGGGGUUGGAGGAGGUGGAGGCGGAGGGCUCAGCAGGCGCUACCUCGUCGCCGCCGACACCAGGGGAGGCUGCGCCGUUCGCGGCGGAGGCGGUCGUGGCAGAGGCGGAGGGGCUGAAGCUGCACCUCUCGAGCAGCGGCAGCACCGGCUACAGGGGCGUGAACCAGCACCACUCUGGCCGCUUCCAGGCGAAGCACAGUGUGGACGGAAGGAGGGUCUUCAUCGGCUCCUUCGACACGGCGGUGGAGGCGGCGGUGGCGUACGCGCGGGCGGUCGGCGAGUACCAGCCUCCGCCUCCGACAGUGGCGACAGAGGCGGAGGGGUUGCGGCUGCACCUCUCGAGCAGCAGCGUCACCGGCUACUUGGGCGUGCACGAGCACCACUCUGGCCGCUUCCAGGUACGGCACGCGGCGAACGGAAAGAAGGUCUCCAUCGGCAUCUUCGACACGGCGGUCGAGGCGGCGGUGGCGUACGCGCGGGCGGUCGGCGAGGCGGAGGCGGCUGGCGCGGGAGGGCCGGCGCGGGCCGCAGCGGCGGCGGAGGCGGCGGAGGCGGCGGAGGGCUCGGAGGAGGGCGCGGAGGCGAUGGAGGCGGAGGCGGAGGCGGAGCCCGAUGCGACGCCAGAGGGGGCUGCACCCGUCGCCGCGCCGCUCGCGGCGGAGGCGGUCGUGGCGGAGGCGGAGGGGCUGAAGCUGCACCUCUCCAGCAGCAGCGCCACCGGCUACAAGGGAGUGCGCGAGCACUAUGGCCGCUUCGAGGCGAAGCUCACGGCGAACGGGCGGCAGGUCGUCCUUGGCUAUUUCGACACGGCGGUGGAGGCGGCGGUGGCGUACGCGCGGGCGGUCGGCGAGUACCAGCCUCCGCCUCCUCCGACGGUGGCGACGGAGGCGGAGGGGCUGCGGCUGCACCUCUCGAGCAGCAGCAGCACCGGCUACAAGGGCGUGUACGAGCACCACUCUGGCCGCUUCGAGGUGCGGGGCGCCCGGCACAUGGCGAACGGGCGGCAGGUCGCCCUCGGCUUUUUCGACACGGCGGUGGAGGCGGCGGUGGCGUACGCGCGGGCGCAGGCGGGAAGGGCGGGAGGAUCAGACCGGACGGCGACGGAGGCUGGGGCGGCGGAGGGCACGGAGGCGGAGGGGGUGGAGGAGGCGGAGGAGGCGGAGGUGGAGGGCUCAGCAGGCGCUACCUCGUCGCCGCCGUCAGAGGCGGAGGGGCUGCGUUUGCACCUCUCGAGCAGCAGCGUCACCGGCUACAGGAACGUGCGCAAGAGCACCAAGAAGGUUGGCCGCUUCGAAGCGCUGCACUAUAUGGCCGGAAAGAGGAAGGUCCACCUUGGCAGUUUCGAUACGGCGGUGGAGGCGGCGGUGGCCUAUGCGCGGUCGGUCGGGGAGGCGCCGGAAGCGGGCUCGCCAGCAGGCCACGCGUCGGCGGCACUGCCGGGCGAGGCGGCAGCAGGCGCAGGCGAGGAGGCGGUGGUCGCGGAAGAGGGAAUGGUGGCAGCUGCGGUUGCGGCGGGAGCUGAGUCGGCGGGCCCCGUCCGGCGAAGCAAGCGGAGCUUAGCGCAGGCGGGCAUGAACGGUGCUGCGUCGUAG